AUGUUCAAGGAAUUGUCAUGGGUAAGGCUAAGUGUGGUACGAAUAGGUCUUCUUGCAUUCCUGAGGAAAUUUCGCUCAGCUCCUGACCAGGAAAUGAGGAUUCUCUUGCUUGGUCUCGACAAUGCUGGAAAAACAACCAUUUUGAAGAAACUUGCCUCUGAAGACAUCACGCAUAUAACUCCAACUCAGGGAUUCAACAUCAAGUCUGUACAUUCUGAAGGCUUCAAGCUCAAUGUUUGGGAUAUUGGGGGCCAGAGAAAAAUCCGUCCUUAUUGGAAAAACUACUUUGACAAGACAGAUGUCCUUAUCUAUGUUGUUGAUAGUUCAGACCGCAAAAGAUUUGAAGAAACUGGGGAAGAAUUUGCUGAGCUCUUACAAGAGGAGAAGUUGGCCUGUGUACCUGUGUUGGUUUAUGCCAAUAAGCAGGACUUAAUGAAUGCAGCUCCUGCAUCAGAUAUUGCACAAGGACUGCUCCUGCAUAAGCUGAGGGAUCGAAUGUGGCACAUUCAGGCAUGCUCUGCUGUUAGGGGUGAAGGAAUUCAGGAGGGUAUGGAGUGGGCAUGCAGAACUGCAAAGAAAAAGAAGUAAGGCUCGGGACAUGUCAUUUUUUCCCCCCUUUUUUCUGAUAGGAGAAUGAUUUGCUUGUCACACUUGAUGUUUCUAGUCCAAUACUGUGAUAUCUUCACCCCUUGAGGUGAUGAUCUCAGUCAGGUAUUAUGUAUUACUUGAAUGGAUUCUUGUAGGUACUUGGUUCCUUUUGUUAAUGUUCUAUGUGUUUAUGGUCUUUCAAGCUGUGUCUCCUCAUGACUGAGGGCACAUGAUCUUGUCGUAUCAUUUUAGGUGAACAGCUUUAGGGGUAGGAGAUUGCUACAAUAGUUCUUUUGUUGUAGCUUCAUGCUUCUCUCAGGUUGUGUACAACUUCAGCUUUGGGUUAUAGUGACCAUUCAGACCUGACUCUGUAUUUAAAUUUGCCAAGCAUAACAAUUGGUUCAUGCUUGACUUGUCUGUGUAGAUCUCAGGUAAGGUCAAACAACAGGUUUUGUACUAUAUAAUAGUACAUUAAAAAAUAGGAUUGAUCACAUUAUCAUAUGGCAUUUGGUCUUGAUGGCAAAAUGCCCUGAAGAGUUUCCAAUGUAUUCCUCUUAUUUCUUACCAUAAACUUUGUUGCUUUUCACAAGAGAUGUUCUCAUGAUAAAAGUUCCUCCUCAUAUCCUUAAGAAACCAUCUAUCUCAUCACAUGUCUGACAAGGGUAAAUAUGCAAUUUUCAAUAAUUACCCCCUUUUGCUUAUUUUAAAUAAAAUUAGUAUUAAUGCUUAACUUUUUUCAU